AUGGAUCUGAUGGAGAUACUGCUUCUUGUGGCUGUGUGCUUCCUGCUUUAUGCCCCAACAGGAUCCAGUGGUGACCGGUCCCACCCAGCAAGCCAUCAAGCGGUUUCUCCAAGAGAAGAUUUGUCGUCGGUCCAACCUCACGUCGGAAGGGCAGAGAUAGCAAACGUCAUGAGGGACUCCCUCUCAAGGUUUCAUAUGUCGGCCAUCAACGUGACCAGCUCGACUCGACAAGAGAUGGGUCCAGUUUCAACACUAGCCGAUGAUCAACCUGGUGCCGCAGGGAACUACUUUGCGGUGCAAGAGACAGAACGUGGUUCUGGUGACUACCACGGAUUCGUGGCAACGUUGGACGUCUACGGUUUCUCGCUGAGCCCUCAACAACUCAGCCGUGCCGCCAUUUGGGUCAUGAAUGUUGGAGAUCGUACACCGUCCAGUUUGAACGUCAUCGAGCUCGGUUGGGAAGUUUCGCCAUUUCUGUACGGUGAUUCAAAAACUCAUUUUGUUACUGUUUGGACGAGAGAUGGGUAUAAAGAGACAGGCUGCUACAAUACCAAAUGCCCUGGGUUUGAGGCCGAAAGUGGCGCAACCAUAGCUCCUGGCGGCAUCAUCGACACAGUCUCUCAACCACCCAAUGGUCUCAAGCAAAACCUGACCCUCAAGCUAGUCAAGGACGGCGCAUCAGGGGAUUGGCUGGUGCAUUACGGGCUCAACAAUGAGCCCGAAUUGAUCGGCCGUUUCCCCAACUCGAUCUUCACCGGACUAGCAGAUAAAGCAACGAACCUCCAUUUUGGCGGCUUGGCGGCCUCGAGCACGACGAACCGGCCGGCGCCGCCGAUGGGCAGCGGAUUUCUUCCGCCCGCCGCCGCGUCCUUCAGCAACAUACAACUCAUCGAUCACAACGGCGAGGCCUCGCUCCUAACACGGGAGCUGCCCCGCGUUACGACCAACCGAUCUCUCUACCACAUCACGCCAAUCGUCAAUGGAGGCUUCUUCUACGGAGGCCCCUCGCAACCCACAACAUGA